UGAAUUUCAUCUUUUCUCGAUUCAAUCGCAACCAUGCAGAUCUUCGUGAAAACCCUAACCGGCAAGACCAUCACCCUCGAGGUCGAGAGCUCUGACACGAUUGACAACGUCAAGGCCAAGAUCCAAGAUAAGGAGGGAAUCCCGCCAGACCAGCAGAGGCUCAUCUUCGCAGGAAAGCAGCUCGAUGAUGGCCGAACUUUGGCUGAUUAUAAUAUUCAGAAGGAAUCUACACUCCACCUUGUCCUUCGUCUCCGCGGUGGUGAUUUCUGAGAUAGAUUGAUGGUGUCUGUUUGGUGGAUAAGUGUUUUGUUAUGGUGGUUUGGAUUGGCAAGACGGCAAAUUUGUUUGAAUUUCUUUAGGGCUUUUUGGUUAUGUUUGUGAAGACUAUAGUCUAGUUUAGAUUGGCAAGACGGCAAGUUUGUUGA